AUGACCGAUGUCGAAAGCCGGACUUCUUUGUCGGAUAACGAAAACGACCGUGUUCUUUUUUACACGAAAGGUGCCGAUGGAAAGCCGCGCCCGAUCUAUCGUGAGAUCGACCCUCAUUACUCCAGCGACGACAGUGAUUACGAGCAGACAAACACCAUUGGGGACAUCCCCUUGAGUGCUUAUGAUGAGUUCCCUCAUAUUGGUUACGACAUCAACGGCAAGCGCAUUAUGCGGCCAGCGGCCGGAUCGGCUCUUGACUCCCUUCUUGAUACUAUCGAUGUUCCAGAAGGCUGGACUGGUCUUAUUGACAGGGAAUCUGGCGGAGACCUGAAGUUGACAAAGGAGGAACUGGAACUUAUCAAGAAGAUUCAGUUGGGUGAGAAUGCAGGUGAUGUGAAUCCCUAUGAGGAUACGAUUGAAUGGUUCACCUCGAAGACUGAGGUCAUGCCUUUAUCUUCUGCACCUGAACCAAAGCGUCGUUUUGUUCCUUCAAAGCACGAGGCUAAGAGGGUCAUGAAAAUUGUUCGGGCAAUCCGAGAAGGCCGGAUCGUGCCCAACAAGCCUAAGGUCCAUCCCGAGGAUGAGCUCAAGUCAUAUGACUUGUGGGCGGACGAUUUGCCAGAGCAGGCACCUCAUAUCAUGCACAUUCCUGCUCCCAAGCAAGCGAGACCUACCAAUGAAGAGAGCUACAAUCCACCUGAGGAAUAUCUGCCGACUGAAGAAGAGCGUAAGGAGUGGGAAAACACUGAUCCGAUGGAUCGUGAGCGAAAUUUCCUUCCCCAAAAGUUCAACUCAUUACGCGCAGUCCGAGGCUAUGAAAACUUCGUGCGUGAAAGAUUUGAGCGUUCUCUGGAUCUUUAUCUUGCACCUCGCGUGCGUCGCAACAAGCUCAACAUCGAUCCAGAGUCCCUGCUUCCCAAGCUUCCGUCUCCUCAAGACUUGAGACCUUUUCCUAUCAAAUGCUCGGUCACCUACACCGGCCACAAGGGACGAGUUCGUGCCAUCAGCAUUGAUCCGUCUGGUGUUUGGCUAGCUACUGGCGCCGAUGAUGGAACAGUGCGUGUCUGGGAGAUUUUGACAGGUCGCGAGAUCUGGAGUGCAUUAUUAGAUGCCAGUGAGCCUGUUCAGAGUAUCGAAUGGAAUCCAGUCAAAGAUUGUGGACUAUUGGCUGCUGCUGUGGGUGAGAAAAUUUACAUCUGCCAACCACCGUUGUUUGAUGAUGCUACAGAAGCUACCGGUCAAGGUAUGCUUGCUGCUGGCUGGGGACACGCCUCCCAGCCAACUACUGUGGAGGAUGUCAAUAAGGAACCUUUAUGCAAAUGGAUCCGUCCCUCAAGCAAGAUAUCUAAUGUCGGCGUCGACGUGGUUAUUGUUUGUCGCAAAACUGUGAAACAAGUCUCUUGGCACCGUCGCGGUGACUACUUCGUCAGCGUGUCACCCGAAGGUGCAAACAUGGCGGUUUUGGUUCAUCAGCUCUCAAAGCACUCUUCGCAGUCUCCAUUCAGAAAAUCCAAGGGCAUUAUCCAAAAGGCUCAAUUCCAUCCGUUUAAGCCGAUGCUCUAUGUUGAAUCCCAAAGAUACGUACGAGUUUACGACUUGGCGACUCAGACACUAGCUAAAAUCUUGCAGCCGGGUGCUCGUUGGCUGAGUUCUUUUGAUAUCCACCCGCAAGGAGAUAACGUGAUCACUGGCUCAUAUGAUAAGCGUCUUACAUGGCAUGAUUUGGAUCUGAGUGCUAAGCCGUAUAGGACUCUCAGAUAUCACCAACGCGCUGUGAGAGACGUUAGAUUCCAUCAGCGACUUCCACUCUUCUGCUCUGCGAGCGAUGACGGAAAUAUCAAUGUCUUCCACGGUACGGUCUACGAUGAUCUACUCAAAAACCCUCUUUUGGUGCCCCUCAAGGUACUCAAGGGUCAUGCCGUGAUUCAGUCGUUGGGUGUUCUCAAGGUGGAGUGGCAUCCAAAAGAGGCGUGGUUAUUUAGUGCUGGUGCGGAUGGCACUGCCAAAAUGUGGACAAGCUAA